UCGUGGCAACUGAACACGUGCUACGAGUUCUUAAAUCGCCUGCAAAUUACGCGUUUCUCGUGCUUGUACUAAGACGUGAAUUGCAUUCUAAUAGUUUUUAAUUUUUGAAAAUAUCAAAAUGAUAUUGAGGCACUCAAAUCUGUGGAUAUUUAUUUGGCGCCGUAAACUCUCCUUCCUGCUCGUCGUGUCUGGCUUGGUGCUGCUCGGCCUCUGGACCUGGGCUAUUUUAAUCGAUACCACAUAUCCGCCGCCAAUCCCCCCCAUCUCCGCCGGCACUGAGCAGCAACAGCAGCAGGAUACUGGCUAUCACCAGGUUCACAUCAUCCAAAAGCUAAUUGCCCAGGCCAAUCGAGUCCUGAGGGCGGAGCGCUUGAAGGACAACGUAGCUGCUCAGCAGCUGGGUAACGUGCGAUUUCUUCGUCCAACGCAGUCCAAAAAAGCUCCCCUGCCGCUGUCCGAAAGCUAUCUAUUUGAGCAGGACCGCCUCAAGAUCCUGGAGCAACAGCAGCGCCAAAGGAACGCAAACGGAAUGGAGGAACUAAACGCUAAUGCUGAGGACGAUCGAAUGCUCACGUCGGCGGAGCGACAGACCCAGUACGAACACGAGCUCCAGCGCAUGGGAGUGCCAGUAGUGGCCGGAAUCGGGCCAGAUGGGCCACGUGCUCCGACCGAGCGCCUGGUCCAUCUGGACCUCAAGGGCGCUCCGCCAAAGCUUAGUUUCCUCAAGCAACUACUGCCCAUGCUCCGAGCCCUGGGAGCCACUGGUCUGCUUAUCGAGUACGAGGACAUGUUUCCCUACUCCGGAGUCCUCCAACCACUAGCGGCGCGCAAUGCUUACAAGGAGGACGAGCUAAGGGACUUCCUGGAGACGGCAGCCGUCCAUGGCUUAAGCGUAAUGCCUCUUGUCCAGACUUUUGGGCACAUGGAGUUUGUUUUAAAGCUCUCCGGAUUCGAGCAACUCCGUGAACUUGCCGAGAGUCCACAGUCCAUCUGCCCCAGCCAGCUGCAGAGUACGGCGCUGUUGGAGCAGAUGCUAACCCAGGUGAUUGAGUUCCACCUGCAGUGUCUGGGGCAGUCUACCCCUUCGUCAGCAGCUCCACCCGCCGCACCCAUCCGAUUCACGCACAUCCACAUUGGCUGCGACGAAGUCCAGCGGAUGGGUGAGUGUCCCGCCUGCAGACAGAGACUCCGCAGCGAACUGUUCCUCUCCCACGUGGUGAGUGUGGCUCACUUCAUCCGUCGCCACUGGCCCCAGCUGGGCGUCAUUAUCUGGGAUGACCAGUUGAGAUCGAUGUCCCUCGGUGAACUGCAGCACUCCCAGGUGGGCAGCUAUGUGGAGCCGAUGGUGUGGGUGUAUGCCAGCGACAUCUACCGCUUUAUACCGCCUCAGUUGUGGGACACCUACGCCAAGAUAUUCCCCAGCGCCUGGACGGCGUCCGCUUUCAAGGGUGCUUUCGGAGAGAGCCUGUUGGUGCCGCCACUGCAACAUCAUCUGGAGAACAAUAUCCGCUGGCUGGCGGUAAUCGCCAAAGAGGGCGGCAGGUUCGCCAAGGGUUUGCGGGGAAUAGCACUGACCGGGUGGCAGCGGUACGAUCACUUUGGCGUGCUCUGCGAACUCCUGCCCGUGGGUAUUCCCAGUCUGAUGACCUCGCUGUCCACAGCCUCCAAGGGUUAUUUCAGCACCAAUCCCCGGGAUAACGAGCUUCUCAAGGUGCUGCAGUGUGUCUUUCAGCCGGAUAGCCGGCGUUCGGGUCGACCCUGGCUGGAACUGCACCCUAACACUCAUCACAGCCAGCUGUUUGCGGUGUGCAGCUAUCCCGGGCACCUGAUCUUCAAGUACGCCCAGCGCUUGUUAGACAAGCUGUCCGAGAUUCGGGUCUAUUUGCAGCAAACGAAGGACCAAAGCGCCUGGCUCUCCGAUUACAAUGCGCACAAUUUUAGUUCGCCACUGAGGGUCCGGGACUUGACUGCCAGGACUCCAAUGCUAAUCGAGGAGCUAAGAACAAUGUCCCGGGAGGCUCAACAGCUGCUGUGGGAAGUCUAUGACGAGUACACGGUGGCUGAAUUCGUGGAGCAGCACAUUUACCCCACAAUAGAGGCGCUCCAGCGGCAACUGGCCAGUGCGGAGACCCUACUCCACCGACGCACUUGGCCCCAGAGACCACUGCCCCUGGCCCUGAAGCUACAGGAGGACAUGGGCCUGGUGACGGAUCACCAACAGCACUGAACUGCCAAAAAGCCAGUAAUGUCGAUACAAAGUGUCCCAUUUUAAAAAUUUGAUUUUCCAAUUCGAUGGGAUGUCAAAUUAUACUCAAUUAGUGAUGGCGUUUGAAACGCCCAAGCCCAGCACAGAUACAUAUACCUGCUAUUUAAAUCAUCAUAAUAUCCAUUUAAAAUACUAAUAACAUUAAAUGUUCAUUCUAGACCAUUUUUUAUAACACGAUUUAUUUCUAA